AUGAUUGACAGCAAACAUUUUCUCAAUGGAAUAUCCAAUACAGGAUACCUCACCGCAGCGAUUUGCGCCUUUGGGGUUCUCAUCGUUUGGAAGCUUAUUUCGGCAAUCUUCUUCUCCCCACUAUCGCAUAUCCCCGGGCCACUGCUGACGGCAAUAACCCCACACUACAUAAACUUCCUUUCGGCGCUCAACCAAAGGACCAUCGGAACCUAUUCAUUGCACAGACGGUACGGGCCAAUAGUUCGGGUAUCACCCACCGAAGUCUCGGUUCUUUCCCCAGAAGCGGUCAGAGAGGUUUACUCUUCCCCUCAUUACGCCAAAUACGCCCCCCUGUACUCCAUGUUCGGACACUUUGGAGCCCCGAGCGCGUUUUCCAGCUGCACCCGUGAAGAGCACGGGUGGCGGCGAAAGGCCGUGUCACAAAGCUAUUCGCUGUCUUUUGUGCUCAAAGAUGAAGUAGCAACUGGGAAGGUGCUCCAGGCUGUCAAGGAUUACUUGAAUUUUGUCGAAAGCGACAGGAGGGUUGACAUCUAUAAUGCGAACACAUUUUACGCGACGGACGUGGUCACCGGGAAGAUAUUUGGGUCGGAGGCUUCUAUGAAAACUCUCGCUGGGAAUGAAGCGCAUCGUGAGAUUGUCCUCGGGCAUUAUGACCGUACAGGAAGAGUUCCGACUUGGAUGCUCCUUGAGCUCCCAUUUAUUACGAAUGUACUUGAGUGGCUUGCAUUCUACAGGAGGAAGGCGUGGAGCUGGGUGUGGGGGGGAGAGGUAAAGGAUCGGGAGAUCGUGGCUCGGAUCCGGAAGUGGAGUUGGGACGCAUUUAUGGAUGCCAAGUCAAAUUCUCGUGAGGACACUAUCGCCGGAAGGCUUGCAAAGCUUGUGCGAGAGGGUGGCAGUGCCGAAGGGGUCUGGGAUGAUAGAGGGGCCGUUAGUGAGCUGAUAGUAGGUGAUUCUUUUUUUUUCCACUUUUUGACAGAUUAUCGCCGAAGGCAACGAUACCCCGCAGUCUGGAUCAUUUGGAUACUCUACAAGUUAUCUCACUCUCCUAGACUACUGGGUCGAGGGUGAUGACCCGAUUAUAACAUUGUGUGCUGGAUUUAUUUGAUGCCGGCGACUGACCAUGUUCCCAUAGGCCGAAAUGCUGGCGGGCAUGACUACAACUAGUACGUUGAGAUUUCGUCCAACCGCUCCUAUCACUACCGUUCUAGGAGUAGAAUUUUUUGCUCUGCCCAAGCUAGAUAUGGGAAUACCCAAGAAUGUACAAGCAGUAGAGAGAAUACGGCCGUCUCGCUGACAAAUACAAGGUGACACUCUAUCAUUCCUGAUCUACCAGCUGUCACUCCCAGAAUCUAGGAACGCUCAAAAGAGGCUUCACUCCGAAUUGCUCGAUGCUUUCCCAAAGUCGGCUGAGAUAUCCGGUUCCGGCUGGCCCCAUUCAAUGGAUGUCCAAAUUCUCCCUCACGAAACAAUCCUAAAAGCUCUGAAUCUGCCAUAUCUGGAUGCUAUUCUCAAGGAGACAUUACGAAUAUACACAGCUGUUCCUAUUAGACUUCCGCGAGUUGUCCCCCCCUCGGCAGCCACCAAUAGCACUAGUAGUCACAGGAGCGGGAGAAUCGUUGAAGGGAAAUUCAUUCCCGCAGGUAACUCUCGUGCCGGAUUCUGACCUCCUUGACGCUUACCACAGAAUGCUAGGGACUACCAUAGGGGCCUUCGCCUACGGUAUUCAUCGCGACGAAGUCUUCGCCGUGGAAACCGGGGAGAAAGAUAAACCUGGAGACGUCGAUAGCUUCCUUCCGGAAAGGUGGUUGAUCAACGGUGGUGUCGAAGGCGAAUUAACCCCCGACGCGUCUGCGAAAGAAAAGCAAAGGAUCCGUGCAAUAGAAGCAAGGCUUUGGGCUUUUAGCAGUGGCGGAAGAAAUUGCGUGGGAAGGCAGUAGGUUCCCUCUGGCGUGUCAUUCGGCGUCGUCGCGAUCUGGUCCGAUGCGUUACGAGAGAUCGUUCAGGCGAUUCGUGCAGAACUCAUGCUUACCAGUGAUCAUUCAUGAAGUGUCUCAAUCCUCGGAAUGAAGCUGCUGCUCGUAGCGAUAUAUUCGCGUUAUCAAACGCGGGUCACGCCUAAUAGUGGCGUAAAGGUCACACACAAGUACGUUCUAUAUCCACUAACCCCCCAGUUAGGGAGGCCUGAAUGCUGAGUGGAGUCCCUAUAAUAAGUCGAUGGAAUGACCGCAGGACCUUCAGGGACGUGCUACCAUUUCUUGGGGUGGACGGUGUAGUUACAUUUACUCCUUACGAGUAGCUCAUUGAUCGGAUCUUACAAUCCAGUAUGACUUUAUAGGAUUGAGGUCUACUUCUUCAUCCACAUUCCCAUUAAAAAACUAUGG